UUAAGCUUAACAAAACACAAACAAUUCAGCAAAUUCGUUCAUUAUCAUUACCACAUGUUAUUCUUGAAUUCAUUAUAUGAUAAGGAAUACGAUUAUUACCAUGUAUGACGAUAACGUAGUAAUUGUACGCACAGACUAUACACAUAUACAGCUUUACCGAAAUAAUUCGCUGCAUUACAACAGUGUAGAGGCUCGGCAACUAAAAACUCUUAUCUUCCUUCCCACCUAACGAUAACGUUAAUUCUGAUUAUUUUAAUUUCUAAUUAGACAAAAUGUCAUAUUUAAAUAAAUUAAAUAGAAUUUGCUCAUCUUUAAAUCUUCAGUAUAGUGUAAGGUUUAACCAUGCGAAACAGCUCAAAUCAGAAAUACAAUUGAGGCACAUUGAUAAAGUAUUGAUAGCCAACAGAGGUGAAAUAGCAUGUAGGGUUAUGAGAACUGCUAAGAAAUUAGGAAUAAGAACAGUUGCAGUAUACUCAGAUGCUGAUAAACAUGCAAUGCAUGUUGAAAUGGCAGAUGAAGCAUAUCAUAUUGGGCCUGCUCCAUCCUCUCAAAGUUAUUUAAAUGCAACAAAGAUUUUAGAAGUAGCCAAAAAAUCUAAGAGUCAAGCCAUUCAUCCUGGGUAUGGGUUUCUAUCAGAAAAUGUUGAGUUUUGCCAAAAGUGUGCAAAUGAAAAUGUCAUCUUUAUUGGUCCUCCACCUUCAGCAAUAAGAGAUAUGGGUAUUAAAAGCACAUCAAAAGCAAUAAUGUCUAGUGCAGGUGUACCCAUAGUAAAAGGUUACCAUGGAGAAGACCAAAGCAUUGAAAAAUUACAAACUGAAGCUAAAAAAAUUGGAUUUCCAUUGAUGAUUAAAGCCGUUAGAGGUGGUGGCGGAAAGGGUAUGAGAAUUGCUAUGACUGAAUCUGAAUUCUUACCGCAACUGGAGUCUGCAAAGAGAGAAUCUCUUAAAUCUUUCGGAGAUGAUAAUAUGCUUUUAGAACAAUAUAUCACUGAUCCCAGACAUGUAGAAGUACAGGUGUUUGCUGAUAUGCACGGCAAUGCAGUUCAUUUAUAUGAAAGAGAUUGCUCGGUACAGAGACGGCACCAGAAAAUCAUUGAAGAAGCACCAGCGCCCAGUAUUUCCGAAGAAACUCGAAAAGCUCUCGGCGAGGCGGCCGUGCGAGCGGCUAAAGCAGUCGGUUAUGUCGGCGCUGGCACCGUUGAAUUCAUUCUCCACCGAGUAACGCAUGACUUUCAUUUCAUGGAAAUGAAUACGCGAUUGCAAGUAGAACACCCUAUUACGGAAAUGAUUACAGGUACAGACUUAGUAGAAUGGCAAUUGCGUGUGGCAGCUGGUGAACCUCUCCCAGUGACACAAGAAGACAUAGUCCGUCGGGGCCACGCUGUAGAGUGCAGGAUAUACGCGGAAGAACCACGGGCAGGGUUCCUGCCUCGUGCUGGAACUUUACACAGGCUUACCCAACCUAUACCAGAGGAAAACGUACGAGUAGAAACUGGAGUGAGAGAGGGACAGGAAGUGUCGGUUCACUACGAUCCAAUGAUCGCUAAACUAGUUGUAUGGGGCAGAGAUCGUGACGAAGCUCUUCUUAAAACCAGACGAAAACUUUCCGAGUAUCAAGUAGCCGGCUUAGAGACGAACGUGAACUUCCUCCUCCGCCUGAGCGGCGCGAGCGCGUUCGUGGCGGGCGACGUGCACACCGCGUUCAUUCCACAACACGAAGCGGAACUGUUCCCGCCGACCGACUCGCAAUUAGCCGACGAACGAGCCAUACAAGCUGCACUGGGACAUUUAAUAAAAUCUCAGAUCGAUAUAUCUUCAAAUGACUCAUGGAAAGGAAUCUCAGUGGCGCCAAAUGCGUGGAGACCGAAUUAUAAUUUACAAAAGACGGUGCAUUUAAAGUUUGAUGAAAGUGACAUAAAGGUAACAGUGAAGUUUGAAAGCGCUCCGAAUACAUAUCAAGUGAAAGUAAACGAUGGAGAAUUCAUACCAGCUGAGGCGUACGUAAAGUCGACUGAGCGAGGCCUCAGAUUGAUCUCCAAAAUUGGUGACAGAACCAGCAAUGUCGGUUUGUUGACCCACGAGAACGAAGUACAUGUAUACGACGAGAAUGGUCAAACAGUAGUGAAUCUGCCACGCCCUAAGUACCAAGCGUUAACCGGAGCAGAUGCGACCGCUUCAGCGGACAGUGCUUGCUCUCCGACUCCCGGUGUCCUUGAGAGGGUGUUGGUUAAUAAAGGCGAUAAGGUGGUAAAGGGGCAACCAUUGUUCGUUGUGAUCGCUAUGAAGAUGGAGUACGUGGUGCGGUCACCGAGAGAUGGCGUUGUUGCCGACGUCGCCAGCUUGAAGCAAGGAGACGCGGUCGGCAAAGGCGCACAAGUGGUACUACUACAAGGAGAAAAUUGAAGUUUAUUUUUAUAAAAACAAUUAUCGUACAAAAAUAAA